CUUAAAGCGUAAAGUAGGCUAAUGUGUAGGACGAUAGGUAGGUAGUCGUAGUGGGGAAAAAAACGCCGCGUAGGGUAUUAAUUUUUUUUGUUUUUUAUUAUUAUUAUUUUUUGAGAGGGUUGCCAGAUUUGCAGUGCGCGUCGCUACGUUUCCUUUACACCCAGCGGAGUCGCAGUGAGUGAAAUGAGCAUCGGGGUUCCCCUCUCUGAGCCAGACACUUAGUGCUUUACGGUCAGCGGCGAAUUUAGACAAUUGCUCCUUCAUCAUGCAGCUCCAGAUAAAAAGACGGAGAAGCCCUACGUGUUGAUAAAAUCUCGCCGGCGGUAUAAAGUGUGAAUGAGAGAAAGCCUCCCCCCCUUCCUCCUUCUCCUCCUCCUCCUCCUCGUCCUCCGGGCCAACGACCGACGAGCUCUCACAUCCUGGAGCUGCCUCACUUCGUCCGCCGGCGUAGCAUACAACAUGAUAUGUUGAUGACAUUUUUUGGAAGUGGUCGUGCCUUUUGUUUACACGCCGGGAUACGUGAUAUGCGGAUCUGCGAGCGCCACGAAAGCCGAGCGAGCGGACGGUUUUUUCUGCUUUGAAAAUGAGGAAGCAAUUUCAUAAAGACCCAGAAAAUGGCAAGAAGGUCUCGUCGUCCGUGGGCCCGGAUUUGAGUAAAAUGAGAAGGAAAGAGGCAAAUGCAACAGCAGCAUGAUUUAUUACUGUUAUCAUUAUUUUUUAAAUCUGACAGAAUGACACCAAAGGGGGUAAAACUGGAGGUAGAUGAGACACAGCAUCAAUGAAGGCGAUCUGCACAAGUUUUAAGUCGCUCAUGAUGAACAGAAAUACUUUGCAGCUCGAUAUCAGAUCGUUUCCACAAUAGUGAAAGAUAUUUUUUCUUUUUCUUUUAUUUCUUGCCCCCGGCAGAUUUUCUAGUUAAUCACUCAUCUGCUUUUUUCCGCAUUGCAUCUGCUGUCUUUUUUCCCAUUAAAUAUUUCAUUUUUUUUUCCUAUAUUUUUGAUCCGGAUUCAGCCCUGACUAUUCAAUGGAAGUAUGUUAUCAGCUGCCGGUUUUGCCUCUAGACAGGCCGGUUCCCAAGCAUGUCCUCAGCCGAAGGGGAGCCAUUAGUUUCAGCUCCAGCUCUUCUCUCUUCGGGGCUCCUGAUCCAAGACAGCUGUCACAGAGACGAGGGGCCAUCUCCUACGACAGCUCUGACCAGACAGCGCUGUAUAUUCGUAUGCUAGGAACUUGUGUAGUAUUCAAACAGCUGUUUGCAAGAGAUGUGAGAGUGAGAAGUCAGGUUGGAUUUGAACCGGAACGUAGAAGCUCCCACCCGUACCUGUGCAUCGACUUCCGAACGCUUCACACACGGCUGGGCUGCGGCUCCACGUCGGCCAGCUAUGAUCCUGAAAGGCGGGUCCACAGGCUGCUCAGCUUCCAGAGAUACCUGCAUUCGUCCCGUCUGCUGCGAGGAGUCCCCCAGCAGAUACCCCUCCACAUCCUCGAUGAAGAUUACACUGGACAGGCUAGAUGCAUGCUGGAAAAAGUCGGGAAUUGGAAUUUUGACAUUUUCCUCUUCGAUAGGUUGACAAAUGGAAACAGCCUGAUCACCCUGACUUUCCACCUGCUGAACCAGUAUGGGCUGGUGGAGCUCUUCCAGCUGGACAUGGUCAAACUCUGGAGGUUUUUGGUCAUGGUUCAGGAGGACUACCACAGCGACAACCCGUACCACAACGCUGUCCAUGCUGCAGAUGUCACACAGGCCAUGUACUGCUACCUGCGAGAGCCCAUGCUUGCCAAGUCUCUGACCUCCAAAGACAUCUUACUGGGACUCUUAGCAGCUGCCACCCAUGACCUGGACCAUCCUGGGGUCAACCAGCCUUUCCUCAUCAAGACUGACCACUAUCUUGCCACACUCUAUAGAAAUACCUCAGUUCUGGAAAACCACCACUGGAAGUCAGCAGUGGGUCUGCUCAGAGAGACUGGGCUGUUCUCCCAUUUGCCUGCUGAGGACAGGCUGAACAUGGAGAGGGAUUUGGGUUCCUUAAUCUUGGCCACGGACAUCAGCAGGCAGAAUGACUACCUGUCCAGGUUUCGCUUGCACCUGGACCAGGAGAACCUGUGCAUGAGCACCGCCAGCCAUCGUCAUUUCGUCCUGCAGAUGGCCCUGAAGUGUGCAGAUAUCUGUAACCCCUGCAGACCAUGGGAGCUGAGCAAACAGUGGAGUGAGAAAGUGACAGAGGAGUUCUUCCAACAAGGAGACAUUGAGAAGAAGCACAAACUUGAAGUCAGCCCACUUUGCGACAGAGAGAUGAACACAGUCGGCAACAUUCAAAUAGGCUUUAUGACAUAUGUGGCUGAGCCGCUGUUUGCAGAGUGGGCCCGUUUCUGUGACACACGUCUGUCCCAGACCAUGCUGGGUCACAUGGGGCUAAACAAAGCCAGCUGGGGAGGCUUACAGCAGGAGCCGGCUCCGGUCUCCGAGGAGGCAGAGCCCAGCACGGCCUGCGCAGACACAGGAGACGCUGCCACCGCGCCGAGUGACGGCAGCACAGCUACGACCGCAGGAGGAACCAGCUCCAAAGAAAUACCUCAGGGAAGCAGAGAAUCCUGACACACUCCUUCUGUGCCAUUUCACCUCAACCUCGUGACCCCUGGGGGCCUCAGGGCCUCA